AUGUCUGGCAACGAAUUCGCCCAAGCCGAGCUGUUGCUUUCCGUUACAGAGCUUACAGCUGAUUUCUUUACUCCCUACAAACUGCAAUCUGAGGAUGCUCUGCUGGCCUCGAUUCUUCGCUGCUCCCCCACACCAGAACCUCGUGAUAACUUUCUUUUGGUAAUUCCAACGGCACUGGAGGUCAUUUUUACAUCGUCUUUGAUUUUUGCGAAAUGGGGUCAAGGAAGACGACAUUUGCUCCUCACAGCAGAAGGAUGGAUAUACUUGAUCCUCACAGUGAUCGAACUCAUAUCUAACGUACCUACAGUGCGGAGCAACUUCUCUCUAUUUCGAGAUUUAGAUCUAGGGAUAGGUGUCGCUUCCUUCCUCCCCAUUUUCUUUUAUACUUUUUUUCUUUAUAUUUUCACAAGUGAGGAGCUCACGGACACGCUCCCGAAACGCCUUCAAAAUGUCGCCAAACUCUCACUCAUCAUCUUCAUCCCGGCUAUCGUCAUCUUUAACGAGGUAGCAUCUUUCAUCGGCGUUUCAAUACGGCCUGAUUCCUCUUCGAAACCAAAGCCCAACAUCGUGAUUGGUUUUGCUAACUCUGGUCAAGAAGGCCUAUGGACAUUCUUCACCAGUUUAACAUUGGCUCUUCUCAUCAUCUAUCAAGCAUCUGUUUUUUGUUUUUCUUUCUUUCGUCUCACUCGGGCUCUCCUUAACCAGCGUAAUAUUGAGAGGAGAGAUUCAGAUAAGGCCCAUCUUGUCAAUGGGAUUGGGUGGAUAGCAGGGUCGGCAAAGCUGGGAGCACUGGAGACAGUAAUUGGAUUUGCAGGGGGGAGUUUCGGCAUGUCGUUGACGCGGCGAAUAAUGAGGAUGCUCUCAAGGGCUUUCAUGUGCAUUGGCAUUGUCAAAGGAGUCGACAUGUUGGAAGACUUCCAAGCCGUACAAGAUGAGAUCAUGAGCGCGAGAAGGAGAAAACCCACUAGUUUUCGAAAAUCCCGACUACGUAACUUCAUCUCCAAUCCUCGCUACAGCACUUUCCGUCAACUGUCGCCAACCGCUACUGCGUUUCAUGCAACCCCUCGGGCCCCCCAGAACCUCGUGUACAUUGACGAGAAAGCUGAUUCUUACCGAGGCCCACAUUACAUCACAACGUCGCAGCGUCAGUCGCAAUCAACUCUCCAGUCUGGUCUUCCUGGGAUGGAGGAAUUCGCGAGCAUUAAGGAGAGGAUGUCCAAGAACCGUGUUACAAUCACCUAUAACAGAGGCACCCCAAAACUUACUAUGCGAUUUUCAAGUCUCAGCAUUCCCAGCCCUGCACUCGUAGCCCAAGACAUCAAAUCCAGGCCCCUUAGUACGUGGUAUGCAGCUUCCUCGGAGAAAAGCCGAUACACGCACUCGAGCUACUAUUUCGAUUCCGACAAGAAAUCACUCUCCGAGAUGGACCUGAUCAGACCUCCUGUACCCCGAUUCCACACCGAGAAAGAGUUACAGGACCGGUACCGCGACUCGCUCAACUCAUUCGCCGGCCCGUACGAGAUCAUCAAUGCUCCUCAGCGGAAAUUGUCCCAGAGAGCAGCACAAGCGCGCAUAUAUCAGGCUCCCAGGUCCAUUCACAACGCAAGCCCUGAAAACAUGGUAGCCAUGCCAGUCGCUGAGCCAACGUCCAACCCUGUACCUGAGAUCCCUCAGCAGACUUUCCCAACGACGACCGCUCCCGUGUCGUUCCCUGGACCUGAGCAGGAACCCGAACUUAGGGAACACUCCACCGUUGCAGACUCUCGACGGACGACUGAAGAUUUCGGAGCUAGAGUCAAGUCAAUGGCCAGCAUAAAGAGUAUGCCGGAUUCGAUCAAAGCCGUUCGCGAGCUUGCAAGCCAGUUCCCAGGACCGCCAAGCCCAUUUGAAUACAAACCUGGGGAGACUGUACUCACCCCCAGGUGGGAAGUCGAGAGUGGUCCUGCCUCAAGCGUUUUGUAUCCUCCUGGUAUUAUGGCAAGACCUCGAGUGAUAGGUUCGCCUUCUGAAUUUACAUUCCGACGACCGCUGCCUUCGCCUCUUCUCAAGUCAUCUGCCUUUGUGGGUGGCAGCGAGGACGGCAGCAGCCAAAUCGCCAUUUCGCCAGUCAGAUAUUCUCUUCCUUCUCCUGUCAAAGCUGGCAAAACACCUGUGAUGCAACCAGGAGACUACAGGAUGUCAAUCACCCCUCGGGGCAAAGGAAUGGCACCGUACAACCAGAAACCCAUCGAUCCGUUUGAUGAAAACGACUCUAGGAUGAGCUAUGCUUCGAUGGCAACUGUCAAGCCUUCGAAGGUUCCUCUCAGGCUGAACACUAGGUCGUCAGUUCUUUCAGUUCCACCAUCGAAGACCCGCAAAGCGGAGGUGCCCGAAACACCACAAGGGAUCACCCCUGGAACUGUUGAGUCAAACAUGUCUGGAUUCGAACUGAUUGCGAAGAGUAUAGCGGAGGACCCUUUCAUUGAUCUUGGUACGGCUUUGGAUAGUGGAAGGUCAAAGCAAUUCAGACUUCCGGGGCGACCACCAUCUGCGACUCUUCCGCCCAUGCCUGUACCCCCUGUGCCCAAGGGCCCUAGGUCACCCACGACACCUCGAACCACGACACCUCGAAAAACAGUUUCUGUUCACGAAAAGUUGAGCAGGAUUGCCGAAUGGGUCGACACAUCUGCUUCUGUGGCUGUAGCACCCGACGACGUCCAGCUCUCUCCACCUGCCGCACGCAGAGAGAAUAACCUCCAGAACCUGCAUGACCGUGGAAAGAGCAUUGACAACCUCGAGAUCCCGUGGCUCAGAAACCCUCGGAUGGCGGAGCAGAAUGAGCGCAGGCUCGCGCGUGCUAACGGUUCUAACCAAAAGCCCGAGCUUAGCAGGCUCAAGAGUGUCGGGAGAGUACCUAGUAAGCCCACGCCUACGCCGAUGCGCUCUGCCCAUUCUAGGGGCAGUUUCCAUUUAUUACCCAUCGUCAUCCCGCCGAGAGCUGCUAACAUGCAAGCCAUCCAAGUAGAGGUUGGAAGUCUUGAGUCGAGACCAGGAGGAACAGGAGUACUUAGAGAUUCCGAAGUGUUGGCGAUGGAGGAUAGUCUGCCUACAACACAGAGAUAA